AUCUGUUUCUCAGUUACUCAUUGGUAAAACAGGGUAAUAUCACUUCCUAUUUCAUAGGAGUGUUGUGAAAAUAACUUAAUUAAUGGUUGUGAAAAAUUCUAAUGUUACAGUAAUGGACACUCAUAGAAAAGCCCCUGAGGAAAUUAGUAAUUUUGUACUCAGAGCAAGGUUUGGAUGCUGUGUAAUAAAUAAGGCAUAGGAUCACACACUGAAUGGCAAGUAUAAAUGCAACUGAACAGCUAACCAUUCAAUGAACGUACUAUCCAUCCUGUGCACUGAAUUAUGCAGAAGGCUUUGGGGGGGAAAUGGUCAUCAUAAUGCAUAUGCACCAGGGGACCAAACUAAGGUUGCACAUUUGGCAUUUCCUAAUUUUUUGUUAUCGCAUGACUUUGCAACAACAACAUUGUUUUUAUUUUUUUAAAAUGAAUGUAAUACAUAUUUAAUGUGAACCUGGGAGGAAAAAAUACAAGAGUAAGUUUUGAGGACGAAGGGGAAAAAAAGAAUGUUUUUUGAGCUUUCCAAGAAAAUAACUAAAAAGUGAAAAUCAAAUGUAAGGAAUGCAUGCUUUUGUAUCAUCAUUAAUUUUAGAGGUUUUGUGGUUGAUCUGGGAGCCUACCAGUGAAGCAUGUGGAGAGGGAGGCAGGCAAGAAGAUUAGAGAAAUCAUAAGAUGUAAAAAAAAAAAAAAACACCCCAAAGAUGUAUCAUGCUUUUCCCCAAAGUAAAUAUUUGUGAUUUUCGCAACACACUCCAAGCAACUGCAGUGCAACCCAUGACCUCCAGUUUAGAGCACUUCCACUAAUAAAUACGGAAGCUAUUUAGUAACUUCUUAGAGAAGGUCACAGCUAGGCAUGAGAACAAUUUUUGUAAAAAAAAAAACAAACUCCACUUUGUUUAGUGUUUUGCCAAACUUUGCAAAUUUGUAACUUCUGAAUACAAUUCAAUGCUGAUCCUCCUGGAAAUACAUCUAAGUAUAAUAAAAUAGUACUGGCAUCUGCAGUACUUGACAUUUAAAAACCACAUUUGGUCAAGCAUUAAGACAGCGUGAACCAGCCUUUAAAUACUUCAGUUUGGGAACUAAAGCAGCAGUUCCAAGCACUACCACUACUUAAGAAGAUUAUGCAGAAAACAGAGUGAAGCAUAUUUCAGUCAAGAACUGAGAGUAUAUCUGAUUGCUAAGGAACAACAUUAAUGGAUACCACAGAGAAGGUUACACAAUAAUUGAUUACCCAAGAAAGGAAAAAUCUCUGUCCCUUGGGAUGCAAAACUCCCUCAGAACACUGACACCUCGGUAAAUAACCGCUGCAACCUAUCAAAUCAGAAGAAGACAGGAACACAGACUAAAAUAUUCUAAGAUGUCCAACUCAAGCGUAAACACUUCAGGAAACAACUGUACUUACAACUCAGCAGUAACUACUCACGUCAUUCCACUGGCUUAUGGAUUCAUUUUCAUAGGAGGAAUCCUGCUAAACGGUGUAGCAGCAUGGAUUUUCCUACAUGUUCCUAGCAAGAAAAGCUUUGUCGUUUAUCUCAAGAACAUUGUUGCUGCCGACCUUCUUAUGAGCCUGACUUUCCCCUUCAAAAUUCUUAGUGAUGCGGAAAUUGGGCCUUGGCAGCUCAACGUUAUUGUCUGCCGAUAUUCUGCUGUUAUUUUUUACCUAAAUAUGUAUGUUGGAAUAACAUUUUUUGGCCUCAUAGGGUUUGACAGAUACUACAAAAUUGUAAAGCCUCUGCUUACCUCCUUUGUUCACACAGUUAAUUACAGCAAGAUUGUCUCUGUAGCCAUAUGGGCAUUGCUCAUGUUUUUAUCACUGCCAAAUAUUAUUUUAACUAACCAAAGUCCUACAGAGAAGAAUUCCAAAAAGUGUGUAAAUCUUAAAAGUGAGCUUGGACUACAAUGGCAUAAGGCUUCAAGCUAUAUUUGCCUAGGAAUUUUCUGGACUGUGUUUCUUCUUUUAAUCAUUUUUUACAGUGCAAUAUCAAGAAAAAUAUAUAGUUCCUACAGAAAGUUCAGGAGAAAUUCAACAGUAACUAGGGAAAAAAUCAAUCGCAAUAUAUUCAGCAUCAUGUUUGUAUUUAUCAUUUGUUUUGUGCCAUAUCAUCUUUGCAGACUUCCAUACACAUUAAGUCAAACUGGGUCUCAGUUCUCCUGUCAGUCAAGCAAAAAUCUGUUCUAUGCAAAAGAAUUUACUCUGUUACUGUCCGCUGCAAAUGUGUGCCUUGACCCCAUUAUUUAUUUCUUUCUCUGCAAGCCCUUUAGAGAAAAGUUAUACCAACAACUGCAUCUCAAGUUGACAACUUCGGGUGAAAUAGAAAACUCUAGAUCCAGGAGGUCAAACACUACAUGAAAGCGUAGUUAUUUCAUAAAUUCACAUAUCCCUUAUAAGAUACAGUAUGGAAAAUUAUUCCAGAUUGCAAAGCAGUUAACAAAGGAAUUGGACAAACGAAGAGCAUGUGCAACAAUAAACACAAGGUGUCAAUUUAAAAAGCAUUUCAGCUGUUCGUUUUCCAUAUUUAAAAGCAUUACCACACACUGUACUAUGCACUACUUCCAGAUUACGUCAAACUAUAACUUCUUAUAAUGGAAUAUAUUAGAUGUCUGAGGCCUAGGACAGGCAGGAGAAUGACUGCAUUAGAAAGCUGGCUAUCCAGGCCAGGGUUCUAUGUGAGUGGCAAGGAUUAACCAGCAGAACUAUGCAACAGCUGCAGCCCACUGGCCUCCAUAAGCCAACCUGGAGCACAUAAGAAGAGAAAGCUAGCAACAAGGGCUUGGGAGUGACUGAAUAGCAAAGCUGGGCAAAAAAUUUUGACAAAUAGCUUAUUCAACAAAAAAAAUGCAGUUUCAGCUGCCUUCCAACUAGUCGUGAAUUUGACAUGAAUAGUUUCGGGCAUUCACAAAACAGCCAGAGGAAGGAGGAGGAGAAAGAUGAGGAGGUAGUGACGCUCCUGCUGCUGGUGACGCUAUCACCCACUCGUAACCUUUAGCCCAGUGGCGAGGGCGCUCAUCUUGAAUGUGGUAGAUCCAGGUUCAAAUUCUCACUAUGGAACAGACUUUUUGAUUCAAGAAUUUCAACCCAAACUGAUUUUUUCCCCUAUUUUUUGCAACUGAUGUUGAAUUUAAAAAAAAUCCGUUAUUUGCCCAGCUCAGGGAUGGAGGAGAUCUUCUACCUCAGCAGCAGACUGUUUUGGAGUGGCUGGUAGAGACCAAGUCAGAGUACUCAGCCCCUGAAGGGAAGAGAGAGCCCUAUAUUAAUCUCUAGCAAAAUGAAGAGCUGAGAUGACUGAUUCUGGAGACAGUUCCACCCAGCCAACCGUAGGACAGUUGACGGACGAUAGGAAAGAAUAAAGGUGUAACAUAGCUCAGAUCCUCAAGGCUCUGCGUAGAGCUUGGGGAAUCCUAGAAUGAUUUGGUGACAGGAGGUAAUUUCAUAGUUCAUGAAAAUCUAUUUGAAACCUUUAUCUAAUUUAAGAGCAACAAAACUAUAGGAAUCUGUAAGAGUGAUUCUCACAACCUACAGACAGUAACAGAAAAUUAUAUCCUGUCUGUUUUUAGAAACCACCCUACUGAAUGCUACAGCACAGAUAUGAUAUAUUAUUUUAAGCAGAGGAUGGUUCUACAAACCUGUAGAAAAGUAUUUUUCUACUAAAUUCUACAGGACUUCAUAAUGAAGAAAGUAUAUUUUAAUGGGCCUUUUUAUAAGUCUCCCAGUCUACUGAUUAACACACAAAUCAUUAUUAAAAUUCUGCUGAAACAGUUUAGCCCCAUGUUUAAUAUGCUAUUCUGCUUUGGAGUUAGAUGUGAGGCCAAUAUUCUUGCAUUUUGGACCACUGAGUACUGGGAAAAUUUGAGAGGUCCCAAUCUUAUCCCUGUUUCUACAGGCUGAAAUAAUGCCUAGUGUAUCAUUUGCAUACUCUCCAACGACUAGUUUCAAACAGCUCUAUUCUCUCAGAGCACAGUCCUUUUUGGUAACAUGCCCAUUCACAUUAUUAUAUACAGUAGCUUGUCAAAUCAUUGGCUUACUCAUACUAUGCAUAGCUGUACAUUUUACAAGACAAAUGGAAAUGCAUGCCAGCAUAUCAGAGAGUGGAUUAAGUCCUUAGAAGAGACUGUCAAUUUGCUCUAAUACCAGGUAUACACAGCAACUGCUGCUUAUGUACAGAAAGGCGGAAAUGAAAUUUAAGGGAAAAUGGUGACCCGCACAGAUGAUUUAGUAGAUGAAAAACUAAACACCCAUUCAGAUCAGCAGAGACUGAGUCAUUACUAUAUCUAUGGUAUGAACAAACACUGUCUAGCAUGCAGUUUAGUCUGCACCAAAAAACCUGCAAAGCAAAGAGGCUGUGACUUCACUAACAGUGAAUUUUUAGGAGGCAAGGAGAGUCUACUGAAACUAGCUGUUUGUACCUAAAACUCAGAGCUAUUAUUUUCUCUUUAAAACAGGACAUUUGUGUACUUGGAAAGAAUGAUUUGGUAUUUUGCUUUGUUUCAUUGUUUUUCUUUGUACAAAGGACUGAAAACUACCCGUAUUUCAUUUAUUUUUGUGUGUACAUAUAUUUUAUUGUGCAUCUCGCAUGUUUUAUUGUGUUUAUACUAAAAAAAUAAAACCUCUCUUUUUCAAUGCA